ACUCAUUCCACCUGCUCCUCCAGCCUGACAUCCCUACACCCUCACACAACCAUGUUAUACAAGGUGUGCUUGGUCCUGGUGGUGGCGGGCGUCGCCCUGGCUGAACCAGACGGCUACGGACCAGUCUACCAGUCGGAGCCUCUCCCUUACUACUACGACUACAACGUAUACGACGGCUACAAGGGAACGAAUUUCGGUCAGCAUGAGAAGUCCGACGGUAAAGCUGUGUACGGCUCCUACACCGUCGACCUCCCCGACGGUCGCAAACAAACGGUGGACUACACAGCUGACCACUACAAGGGCUACGUGGCCAAGGUCAGCUACUACGGCAAGGCUCAGCACCCUAAACAAUACGGCCCAGCCAUCACCUUCUUCAACCAAUACGGCAACGGCUACCACUGACGUCCAGACCAACAUAUCCAGAAGACCUAAUAUUAUAUUUUUGUAUGGUAAAUGUGGAGCAAAUAAACGAUAACUUCCAAA